AAAACGCCAGUUGCAGAAUUCGCAUUUUUGCUGCAAAUUCUAUAAUCAUAUCAGAAUAUGAAUCAACAUUGCAUAAUCCAAAAGAAAAAGUUAUUAAAUCUAUUGAAUUAGAAUUAAAUAAAACUACUCAAGAAGAGUUGAUUAUGGAAAAUCAACUUUUUUUAAAUAACUCAGUUGAAAGUUUUCUUACGAAAGAUUUUGAACAUCUAUUUCUCAACAAAAAUGAGGAAGUUACUUUUAAUCAACAUAUAGAAUUACCGCGUUUUUUAAAUAAAGAUACAAAUUCAAUUUAUGAUUUUUUUAAAAGUUGGGUUUCUUUAUUUGAAAAACUUGG